AGCAGCAGCAGUAGUAGUAGCAGUAGUAGUAGCAGCAGUAGUAGUAGUGGUAGCAGUAGUAGUAACAGAAGUAGUAGUAGUAGUAGUAGCAGCAGUAGUAGUAGUAGUAGUAGCAGCAGCAGUAGUAGUAGUAGCAACAGUAGUAGUAGUAGCAGCAGUAGUAGUGGCAGCAGUAGUAGUAGUAGUAGUAGCAGCAGCAGCAGCAGUAGUAGUAGUAGUAGUAGCAACAGUAGUAGUAGUAGCAGUAGUAGUGGCAGCAGUAGUAGUAGUAGUAGCAGCAGUAGUAGUAGUGGUAGCAGUAGUAGUAACAGCAGUAGUAGUAGUAGUAGCAACAGUAGUAGUAGUAGCAGUAGUAGUGGCAGCAGUAGUAGUAGUAGUAGUAGCAGCAGUAAUAGUAGUAGCAGAAGCAGUAGAAUUAGCAGUAGUAAUAGUAGCAGCAGCAGUAGAAGUAGUAGUAAUAGUAGUAGUAGCAGCAGUAGUAUUAGCAGCAGCAGUAGUAGCAGCAGCAGCAGUAGUAGUACUAGCAGUAGUAGCAUUAGUAGUAGUAGUAGCAGCAGCAGCAGCAGUAGUAGUACUAGUAAUAGCAGUAGUAGCAUUAGUAGUAGCAGUAGUUGCAGCAGUGGUAGUAGUAAUAGCAGCAGCAGUAGCAGUAGUAGUAGUAGCAGCAGCAGCAGCAGUAGUAGUAGUAGCAGUAGUAGUAGCAGCAGCAGUAGUAAUAGCAGCAGCAGCAGCAGUAGUAGUCGUAGCGGCAGCAGUAGUAGUAGUAACAGUAGCAAUAGUAGCAGCAGCAGCAGCAGUAGUAGUAGUAGCAGCAGCAGCAGUAGUAGUAGUAACAGCAGCAGCAGCAGUAGUAGUAGCAGUAGUAGUAACAGAAGCAGUGGCAGCAGUAGUAGUAGUGGUAGCAGUAGCAGCAGUAGUAGUAGUAGUAGCAACAGUAGUAGUAGUAGCAGUAGUAGUGGCAGCAGUAGUAGUAGUAGUAGCAGCAGUAGUAGUAGUGGUAGCAGU